UGACAUCCUACCAUUCUCACUAAGUGCCACCUGUCAGUGCUCAUCAGUGUCAGUGCCCAUCAGUGCCACGUGCCAGUGCCCAUCAGUGCCACAUCAAUGCCACAUAUCAGUGCAUACCAGUGCACAUCAAUGCCACAUGUCAGUGCCCAUCUGAGCUGCCUUUCAAUGUCACCCAUCAGUGCCAGUCAGUGCCACCUAUCAAUGCCAAUCAGUGCCACCUAUCAGUGCUGCCAAUCAGUGCCACCUAUAAGUGCCAGUCAGUGUCGCCUAUCAGUGCCAGUCAGUGCUGCCUAUCAG